AUUUCAAUUUCUGAUUCAAAUGCAUCAACAAAAACUACCUUAAAUUGUGCAACAACCACAGCUUUCCAUGUGCAUCUUCUUAAAUCCUAGACAUAUAUAGUACCAAGUUCCUUGGACAAACCUAACCCAACUCUCUCAAUUUCUGUGUGCAUGUGUGUGUUUUUGAGCAUUGAGCAUCAAUUACAAAGUGCAAUAGAGGGAAAUGGCUUGCACUACACUAGGAAGAAAUCUUAAUUUUUGCUUCACAAGGAUCAGACGGUCAUCAUCAGCCGAAUCAUCUCGUGCCCCACAUAUUCCAGAAGAUCAUAGCCGUCCAUUGCCAAAGUACUCCAGUAACAACACCGCCCCAACUCACAUCAACCACUUCAACUCUCUUUUUGACCUCACCUUCGACUCACCGGAAUCUGACACCGAACCCACCACCCCCGACUUCGCCACCGUCUUCGCCUCCCAACGCCUCUUCUUCUCCUCCCCGGGCCGCUCCAACUCCAUCAUUGAAUCACCACCGUCCUCACCAUCAUCAUCAACGGGUAACCAGCCGGAAUCUGACACACUAGUGGGCGGCGGCAUUGCCAUUUCCACGUACUCGCGGAACCCUUACAAGGACUUCCGGCGAUCCAUGCAAGAGAUGGUGGAGGCACGUGACUUGACGGUUGGAGCCAAUUGGGACUACUUGCAUGAGCUUCUCUUGUGCUAUCUUGCUCUGAACGCUACGAGCACCCACAACUGCAUCAUUCGAGCUUUCUCCGACGUCGUUGUUAGCCUUGUGUUGUCGCAGGCUGCCGGUGGUGGCCGGGAAUCUGAAUUCUCCGGCACUGGUUGUAGCAUUUCAGCACCGUAAAUGUAAUGUAUAUAUGAAACGCAUUGGUGGUGUUAGACUAUGACAUAAAAUUAAUCUUAUUUUUUAAGUUUAGAUUAUAUAUAGAAAAUUUAAAAGUAUCAUAGUAAUAUAUAUAUAUAUAU